CAGUCUGCCAAACGCAAGCCGAUAAGCAUAAGCUACGCUACCUAUACUACGCGUAGUAAGCACAGCGGAUCCCUCUCCAGCUGGACGGGACCUGAGCUCUAGGCAAUCGGAUGCCCACGUGAGCUUGUGGCACGUGCAGGAAACAGCAAUUGGAACCCGUCGGGUCACUCGAACACCAAGCCUGCAGGCAAAUCGGCCGCGCAAUAGGGAGGUACUAUGAGAUUGAAGUCAUAAUACUUGGGGCCUAUUUUGCUGACAGUAGCAAGUUAAAGCGUGACCAAGGGUUCAGAAGAAAUUCCAAACUUCUCCGCAGAUUGAGAGCGAACCGUAAUGCGCCAUCUUACGAACCUCCUUCAACACCACACUCAAGAUGUCCGCUACUGCCACCGAAGCCCGGGAGCUCGAGCUCUGCGGGAAAGUGGAGAUGAGGAUUGCCCUUGCUGAGGAUAGCAAACUACAACCGCUACUUACGACUUACUUGUCGCCUCUACUAUUGAAACUAGCCAGCGAACACGCAUCGGUACGCAAUAAGGUCAUUUCAACAUGCCAGCAUAUCAAAAUCCGCCUGGCCGGCAACCAGUAGGUAAUUUCAAUGCAAAAUCCAAUGAAUACAAAAUAAUUAUUUUUAUAGGAGCAUUGUCCUCCCAGUUGCGAAACUAUUGACUCAAUACAAAGAGAAUCCGGGUGUUGCAAUGAUUCGUCACUUUGAUCUCAUGUUCAUACAGCAGAGCGUUGGCAAACUCUCAUCAAAGGCAAACGAUCUGUUCCCCAAAGACCACCUUGCUAUACUAAUGCACUUUACAGGAGCAAAUGGAUUUGUUGCCUGUCUUACUUCACGGUCUUGCAGAAGAUGCCGGAAAGCCUACGUGUGCUACUAUCUUCAACCUAUUCCUUCGUCUUCUACCACAGCUCCGGAUCCCAUUGCGUGGAAGCAAAGAAGACCUUGAAUUAAGGCAGCAACUUGGUCUUGAUAAACACACCAAGGACGCUCAAUUUGCGGCCCUUUGGUUCAGCAAGCUCAUGCUUCUCACAGUUAUACGCAGCAAUGCCAGUGGAAUUACUUGCCCUGGCCUGACUGUUCAAGAGUACGAAUUUCUCACGUUGAGCGGCAAACAAGAAACUUGGGAUCCUUCGUCUGACGAGGGUCUUAAUCUUACCCAGACCAAAAUUGUAGUUCUUGCUUUCUUGGCUAGCGGUGCUUUCACUGACGAGGAACGGUUUCUGGCGGCAUUGUUUGCAUCUGGAGAUUCUAAUUCUCGUAUUGCCGGUGCUGGUGAUGACAUGUUGAAGCGUUCGGCGAUUUCUCUCGAGGACUCAGAAAUGAUCAGCAAUUUGCUUCAAACCUAUUUCACGCUAAAGCCCGCUCUCCAGACAAGACUACUUGUGCUACUGACGAAAUCGGCCAUUUCAACAACCUUUCCACGGCAGAUUGUGAACAUUGUACAGCAAGCGAUUCAGCCAGAUGACAAUACAAAUCUUCCUGCCAAGGGCCUUGAAACAACAAAGUUUCGAAAUGCAUUAUUCAACUAUAUGAACUGGGUUUCGCAUAUGUCCUCGCCUGAAAACAUUGCUCAGGUUGCACCUCAACUUGUUGGCUUUUUGCGCAACUAUAUCGAGGACCAGGGAUGGCCAAUUCCUCACGAAAAGUCGGACACCGAAGUCGCUGCUCUACGAGCGCUGGCUUACGAAACUAUGGGAUCCCUUGCGAAAACUACACCUUCCAUCGCUCGUCACAAAGAUUUGUCCCUCGUGCGCUGGCUUUUCAGAUCUUUAACAGAAGACCAGUCUUCCAGCACUAUCUUUGUCAGUAUUGAAGGCGCUCUGUCAAGUCUACUAAACAAUUUUGCAGCCCCACUAGACGAUGAAUUGAAAUAUGAACUGCGUUCGCUGCUAUUGCAUUACAUGACAAUCCCGGAUGAUGAAGAUGUUCGAAGUGCUCGAUUUUCAACCGUCCGAUGGGCUAAUAGGUGCCUUGGAUAUGAUGACAUAGUAGGCCGAUGGAUAGAUAUCUUAGCUCUUGGAGGCCGCAAAGAUGAGCGGGGUGAUGUGAUGGAAGAGGGCAAGAAAGGGCUGGUAUGUUUAGACCCAAACCACCAUCCCGAAAAACACUAAUCACUCAAAGGAUCCAUAUUGGUAUACCUUGCUCAGUAAUACCUCAUCGUCAGCAUCAGCAGGAUAUAAGCUGCCCGACUGGAACGAGACGGUCAAGGUUUUCUUUACUGGGAAAAGUAUUUUGGAAAACUCCACCGUAUCAAACAGUAUGAAAAGUGGAAUGGAGGUCGAUCAUAUCUCAGUCUUCGGGAACUUCUCUGGGCCCAAAAUCAACGCAUUCCCUUCUGCUGUUAGCUACUGCCGGCGUAUGCUACUCAUGGGAUCCUUGGAAAAAUCCGAAAUCGCUUUUGAUGUGGACGCUGAUUGGGAGCGUCAACUGGAUGUGCUUUUCCGGUCCGACAAGCGAUCUCGCGAGAUCAUGAAAACCCAUAUUAAAACUAUAGACGAGUCGGCCCUCGAUGUGUACCUUUCGGCGGCACUAGAGGGCAUGCUUCGAAAUGACGGAAAUGGAUUGGGCGAUUGUGGAAAAUGUCUUGUCGAUAUUUUGGCGUUGUCACCAAGCAGUGCUGUUGGUAGAAUCGCAAAUCGAGCCAACGAACUUUUGCCAUCUAUCAAGUCAAAUAACGUCGCAACUCGCGAAAUUUCGUCGCAGGCGUUCGGUAUCUUGGCUUCUCACCCUAUGGCAAAAGGCCAAAUUGUCGAAAAACUAGUGGAAUCGCUCCUUGAAGAUGUUAAGCCUUGGUCUUCGGCUGUAGGUGCAGAACUAAACAAGGUAUCUGGUGCCAUUCUCGCCCUUGGCUACCUCUUGAGUCGAUUUGCAUUCUAUGGGCGUCUUGGCACACACAAUGGAGCUCUAGUACAGCAGGUUAUCAACCUGCUUUUUGAGGUACUUUCCAAAACAAGAGACGUAUCUACGAAGGAAGUUGUACUCAAUGCGGUUGGACAAAUCAGUGCAUCUGGGAUUUUGACAGCUGAAGGAAUCAGCGGGUCAUCUUUGAAAGCUGAUGGUCUGAUUGAGCUGUUAGCAGCUGAGGCGAAGAAAGGCAAUGAAAGAGCAAUAUUAGGGCUUGGUCGUCUUGCGCUCGUGUUUGAUGAAGACUCCGAGUUCACAACCUCCAUCUUCACCACCCUAUACGCGCUUUCUGAGCUUAAGCAAGCCGAGGUUCAUUUCGCGGUUGGUGAAGCUCUCAGUUCAGCCAGUGCUUGUUGGGAAUCCGAAGCUUUGCUUCUUAGUCUUGACGUGGAUGCGGAUUAUAAAGGGCGAGCUGGGCGUGCUGCCACAAUUGAAUCUGUCGUUACACGAUUGCUGAAGGAUUGUAAAACCACCAAGCCUUCUUUGAAGAAGGCCUCCGGUAUUUGGCUUUUUUCUGUUGUUUCAAAUAAUAGCGGUCACGUCAAAGUACAAUCACGCUUGAGGGAAUGUCAAGCGGCAUUUAUGGGCCUAUUGUCCGCACGAGAUGAUCUCGUUCAGGAAACCGCUUCUAGAGGCUUAAGUUUGGUCUAUGAGCAAGGUGAUGCAGCACUUCGAAAACAACUUGUUAACGAUUUGAUGGCCUCGUUCACUGGGACCAGUACACAGUUAAAGGUUGAUGAAGAAACAGAGCUCUUUGAGCCUGGCGCCUUGCCUACCGGAGACAACAAGUCGGUAACCUCAUACAAAGAUAUUGUUUCUCUGGCAGACGAGCUUGGUAAUCCUAGUUUGGUCUACAAGUUCAUGGCCCUCGCACAAAACGCUGCAACUUGGACAACUCGAGCUGCAUUUGGUAGAUUUGGACUAUCUCAGAUGCUGAUAGAGGAGUCUAUUGUCGAUGCCGCCCUGAUCAAGAAGCUGUAUCGCUAUAAAUUCGACCCCAAUCCCAACGUGCAACGCUCCAUGAACGAUAUCUGGAAUGCUUUGGUAAAGGAUUCUGCAACAACAACAGAGUUAUAUUUUGAAGAGAUCCUACAAGAACUUCUCAUUAGCAUUCUUGCCAAAGAAUGGCGCACCAGACAAGCGAGCUGUGCAGCCAUCGCCGACCUUGUGUCAGGAAGAGAAUUUGAAAAAUACGAGAAGUACUUGAGUGAAAUCUGGUCCAAAACCUUCAAGGUCUUGGAUGACAUCAAGCUUUCAGUAAGAGAGGCUGCUCUGGCUCUGACUAUGUCAUUGACUGGGAUUCUUGUUCGCCAAAUUGAAGUCGGAGCUUCCUCAAAAGCCUCAUCGAUGCUCAAAGAAGUUCUACCAUUCCUUUUGUCGGAGCAAGGUAUGGAAAGCUCAGCUGAAGAGGUCAGAAUCUUUGCGACAGUCACAGUAUUGAAGCUUAUAAAGAGUGGUGGAAAAGCACUGCUACCAUUCAUCCCGGAUCUAGUCGAGAAGCUGAUUGGUCUCUUGAGUACAAUGGAAGGGGAAGGUGUCGAGUAUGUGAGACUGCGAGCGGCUCAUUACAAGACGACGGAGGAGAAAAUCGAUAAUAUGAGAACUACUGCGGUCUCACAAUCUCCAAUCAUGGAAGCUAUCGAGCGUUGCCUUGAUAUCCUUGAUGAGCCUACAAUGAAAGAGCUUGUGCCACGGCUCGAAAACACAAUCAAGACAAGUAUUGGCAUGCCGUCAAAGAUCGGUUGCAGUGGGGUGCUUGUUAGUCUUGCAACCAGACAUACUUUCGUUUUCCGCCCACACGCAGAUUCAUUCUUGAAGGUCAUGGAAAAAGCAGUCCUUGAUCGGAACAAUGCCGUCAGCUCGGGGUAUGCGAGAGCUUGUGGUUACCUGGCACGUGUUGCAACUCCCGCCAGUGUAACGAAACUCUCAACGUACUCCAAGAAGUUAUACUUCGACGCGGAAGAUGAGGUACGUCGGCAGAUAUCAGCAGACAUCAUCUAUUCGGUCUCGAAGUUUGCUACUGAUAGAUUCAAUGAAUUCGCUGCCGCCUUCCUGCCAUUCAUCUUCUUCGCGAAACACGAUUUUGAUGCACAUGUCAAGAAACAGUUCGAAAAGACCUGGGACGAAAAUGUCGGCGGCUCCCGUGCAGUACUUCUGUACUCGAAGGAAAUCAAUGCAUUGGCUGUUGAAAACCUGGACUCUCCUAAAUGGACAAUCAAGCAUACUGCAGCUCUCGCGAUUGCUGAUGUUGUUACAUGUUCAGGGUCUGAUAUAAGCAACGUGAACUCAGUAGCUAUCUGGCCUGCUCUCGAAAAGGCGCUUGCUCUCAAAACAUUUGAUGGCAAAGAAAUUGUCCUCGAAGCAUUUGUCAAACUAGCCAAAGACGGAAAGUCGUUGUGGGAAAAUGACUCAGCCAUAGCAGCCCAGAUGAAGAAGAUUGCGAUUCGAGAGGCGAAACGUAACAACGAGACAUAUCGGCCGCAUACCUUUGACAGCCUAGGAAAGUACAGCGAGGUUCGAAUUGAUAUUGAUAUGUUCGAUGAUGUUUACAGCAUCAUCGGGCCUUUUCUGGAGGACAUUACAAACGAGGACAAGAUGGAUACCGAUGAUGACUCCAAGAAAGAUAGUUCCGAUGGAGCGUUGAUGGCCAAUGGUAUCUCGGCCUUCUAUCGUGCAGUCAAUGUCAAACUCGCCCCCAAUACACACCUACACAAACUCUUAGAGAUAUCUAAGAAGGUUACCUCCUCUACAAAAAUCACGACCGCUACUAGACUGGCAAUCUACGAACGCAGCAAAGCCCUAUUCGAAGGACUAUCCAAAGCAACCUCUGCUUCAGAAACCAACAACUACGAGCUCGCAUUUGGCUUCCUCUCCUUACUAGAUAUCGCAAGUGGCUCAGGCACCGAAACCAUGAGAACGAAGAAAGGCGAAGCUGCGGAGACGAUUGCGAAGGCUUUGGUUGGUGAUGUAUUUGGGAAGGCCAAGGAGGGGAGAGAGGAGUUGAAGCAGAAGAUUAGGAGUGUGAUUGUUGAGGGAAGAAACGUGGAGAGAAGUCCGCAGGUCAAAGCUGCUUUUGAGAGGACUUUGAAGAUAUUGGAGGAGUGAUGUAGAGUAGAUGUGUUUAUGUUAUUGAAUGAUUUAUGAAGAUCCUAUUCUCGGACGUUCUGAUAAUUACUUUGAGGCUUGUGAG